AUGAUGGAGUCACUAUUGUCGCUCGCAUUCGACAACCUGUCGUCCUACGACGGCCCCAAGGUCCGCAAGGGUCUGCGCCAGGUCGAGGGCCUACUCGCCCAGAUCUGCCUGUCCAACCCGCGCAACGACCGCACGAAGGGUGGCAGAGACCCCGAUAAGGACGACUCCGAAGCUUCGCCCGCGCGCAACAAGGACCUCGCGCAGCUGGGUCAGGACCCCGCAUUCCGCGAAUUCUUUAAGCUGCAGGAGGGCUUCGAGUGGAACGUUGCCAUGCGCUUGAUUGGCACCCUCGACCGACUCAUGGCCAAGGGAAGCGAUGGCCAGAAUGACCUCUUGAUCCUCAGCGCUCUCGAUCUCAUCCAGGGCGCUCUGCUGCUGCACCCUCCUAGCAAGUCGUUGUUCAGCCGGGAACAGAACAUGAACCUUCUCCUCGACCUCCUCGAGCCCUUCAACUGUCCAGCGAUCCAAUCCGCAACCCUCCUAACUCUCGUCACGGCCCUUAUCGACACUCCCCGAAACACACGCACCUUCGAGGACCUAGACGGCCUCCUCACUGUCACCUCUCUCUUCAAGUCGCGCUCUACCGCCCGCGAAGUUAAGCUCAAACUCGUCGAGUUCCUCUACUUUUAUCUUAUGCCUGAGAUGCCUUCGAUCCCCCGUGCCGACCAGCGCGACUCUGUCCCAGGUAUGCUCCAGCGCAGCCCCAGCAAGCUAGCUGGUGCCUUCGCCGCCGAGUCCCGUCGGAAGCGCUCCGGCUCUGUCGACGGCGAGAUCACCCUCACUACCGAGGAGAAGCAGGAACUGCUAAGCCAGCACCUGAGCAGCGUUGAGGACCUUGUCAAGGACCUCCGGACCUGUGCCCCCUUUGGAGGUGUUGUUUGUUAA